AUGUCUCAGCUCAGCCUCACGGCGCUGCCAAGCGCGGACAACGCAACAGGGGUCCAACUCCAACUCCCGUCAAGGUCCUGGACCCUCUUCAAAAAUAUCAGAGUUUGGGCCGUAAAAAAGACUUCAUCACGCAGACUCAAACUCCACAACAAACCUUCACGAGCUCAUCAAACUCAGUUCAGCACUCCUCCCACCGAAUGGCGAUAUAAACCCUCAACACAAGUCCCCUCACGACUCAAAAAGGGCUCCCAACACCACGGCAUACAUCCAACAAUGCCCAAAAACAUCUUCUCCUUCGGCACCCAGCCAUUCGACCCUACAAACCGCUUCGUAACAUCAUGGCUCCUCCCACCAUGGCUCCUCUUCGCAUGCCGCGCCCUCAUUAGCAUCUACAUCUUCACCACGCUCUUCUUCAUCAUCGGCUACACAUGCGCGCACGCCUCUCUCGGCGGCUGCCUCACCGUCCGCCAAUCCUUCUCCUACUUCACCGUUCUAACAUUCUGGGGCCUCGGCUUCUACUUCCUCGCCUCGUCCAUCCACACACUCACAUACAUCCUCCGCAAGAAACCGCUCCUCUCAACAUUUCCACGACCCUUGCAGGCGCUGCACUCCCUCUUCUACACCACCGUCAUCACGCUGCCGUUCCUCGUGACCAUCGUGUACUGGGGCGUGCUGUACUCUGCGCCGUGGUUCGAGCUCCCCUUCGACGGGUGGCACAACGUCUCGCAGCAUGGACUGAACUCGCUGUUCGCGCUGUUUGAGGUGCUGCUCGCGAGGACGGACACCAUGCCGUGGGUGCAUCUGGCGUGGCUGAUGGGUAUAUUGCUGGGGUAUUUGGGCGUUGCGUUUGUUACGCUCGCUAGCCAGGGGUGGUAUACGUAUAGUUUUUUGGAUCACGACAAGGUCGGUGGGAGGGGGUAUGUUGCUGCGUAUGUGGUGGGCAUUGCGGUGGGAAUCGUGGUUAUUUUUGUGGUGGUUUGGGGGGUUGUUUGGCUGAGGAGGUGGGUUAGUGAGGUGAAGUUGGGGAAGAUGGGGAAAUUUGUCGAUGAGAGGAGAGCGGAUGUGGAUGUGGAGAUGAAUACGGCCAAGGGGACGUAG